CAAGGGAGGAGGGGAUAAGAAGAGAGGCAGCCUAGAGGAGAGCCAGAAAGAGGAGCUGGUGAAAGAGACUGGGGGGGACAGCAUGGCUUUGGGGACUGGGAAAGAAGGAAUAAUCAAGACAGAGCAGGCAGAGGCUGCUGGUGAGGACUGCAAGGGGCGGGAAGAAGCUGGAUCUUUCAGCGGCCAUGUUCAUACCAGCAAAGAUGCCCCAGCGGCUCAGCUGCCUGGUGGAUUUGGAGCGCAGCAUUCUCAAGACGUGAAGAUCCCACUGACGCUCCAUCCAGUACCCUCUGGGGCCAGGAUCCAGUUUCAGGGACCUCCGCCUUCUGAGCUGAUCCGAGUAACUAAAGUACCCCUUGCCCAAGUGCCCCUUAAAAUGCAAUCCUUACUGGAGCCUUCAGUCAAAAUUGAAACUAAGGAUGUGCCCCUCACAGUGCUGCCCUCUGAUGCAGGGAUACCAGAUACUCCAUUUAGCAAAGAUAGAAAUGGCCAUGUAAAGCGCCCAAUGAAUGCAUUUAUGGUGUGGGCAAGAAUUCACCGGCCAGCACUAGCCAAAGCUAACCCAGCUGCCAAUAAUGCAGAAAUCAGCGUCCAGCUUGGAUUAGAGUGGAACAAACUCACUGAAGAGCAAAAGAAGCCCUAUUACGAUGAAGCUCAAAAGAUUAAAGAAAAGCACAGAGAAGAAUUUCCUGGCUGGGUUUACCAACCACGACCAGGCAAAAGAAAGCGCUUCCCGUUGACUGUCUCCACUGUCUUUUCUGGCACCUCUCAGAACAUCAUCACUACAAACCCAACCACAAUUUAUCCUUUCCGAUCACCCACUUACUCCGUUGUCAUUCCAAGUGUGCAGAACAGUAUUGGACAUCCUGUCUGUGAAGCCCCUUCUACUAUCCAGCUUCCAGCUCCUUCCAUUCAACAUCCAGGUCCAAUUACACUUUUCCAGCCGAGUGUUGGAAGCACCACCCCAAUGGCUGUUCCAGCUCCAAAUCUGCCUCUUCACCCUGUAAUUCCACCACAGCGAUUUGCUGGACCUGUGCAGACAGAAGCUCAUCAUGUACCUUCCGGAUCAAAUUGUUCUGUAAAGAGACCUACCCCAGUUUGCAUUGAGAGCUCCAGCAGAAACCCAAGUAACGCCAACACCACUCACUCCAGAUUUCCUGUCUCUACCAGUCAACCCCCUAAGGAGUACUCAGGUGUUUCUACUUGUCCUAGAAGUGCACCAAUUCCCCAGGCUCCUCCCAUUCCUCACUCACAUCUCUAUCAACCUCCUCCCAUUGGUCAUCCAGCCACUCUCUUUGGAGCUCCUCCUCGAUUUUCGUUUCAUCACCCUUACUUCUUACCCGGACCCCAUUACUUCCCAUCAAGCACGUGUCCGUACAGCCGCCCUCCGUUUGGCUAUGGGAAUUUCCCGAGUUCCAUGCCCGAAUGCCUGGGCUUUUAUGAAGACCAGUAUCAAAAGCACGAGGCUAUGUUUUCUGCCCUGAAUAGAGACUAUCCUUUCAGGGAGUACCCCGAUGAGCGUGCACACAGUGAAGACUCCCGUAGCUGUGAGAGCCUAGAGGGAGUGUCUUAUUACAACAGCCACAGUGAGGAAGAAUAUUUAACUCCCAUGCCACAGUUAGAUAUUGGAGCCUUGGAGAACGUUUUCACGGCAACCCCAUCCACCCCCUCCAGCAUCCAGCAAGUCAAUGUGACUGACAGUGAUGAGGAAGAGGAGGGGAAAGUGUUGAGAGAUUUGUAAUUAUUAACCCAGAUGAUAACCAUCCCUAGGAGUAUUUUAAAAUAUUAAAUAAACGUUUCAGUCCAAGAAUAUCUUUUUAGUCAGUGUGUUCAAGGAGAAACCCAAAUCACCUUGGUGAUAACGGCAAAUUGUUGGAAGAACUCAGAUCAUCCUGUAGCAUUUCGGGAGGCCAGACAUGGAACUGGGGCUGUUACUGAAGUCGCUGGGUUUUCACCUGCUCACACAAGGCCUGGAUUUAGGUCUGGAGUCACAAGAGCAUUCCUCUUCAGGAAAGCAUUAAAACGUGCUUAGCUUUAGACCUGUGCUUAAGCGCUUUUCUGAAUAGGAACAUGCUUAAGUGCUGGCUGGAAUCAGGACCUUAGCUGUCUUUGUUCCAGGACUUGUGUUCAUUUUGGCAGCUUUACUUUAGGAAUUUUAGCAUGUGAAAUAAUUCUCUUCCCGUGUCACAGAUUCAUGAACAAAAUGUAAGGCUGGAUGCAAUAAAAUGCACUGACAGCUAAGGACUGGGGUCUGAAAUAAUUCCCCUAUGCUUUCAGAUUUGCCCUUUGGCUACCAUGAGAUGUUUAUUUAGCAACAUAAUUUAGUUUGUUUUUCUAUAUAAUCUGUAUUUUUGCUGAAAAUUGUUGUGUAAUACAUUGGCUAUGUAGGCUCCAGUUCUACCACCCCUACUCACAUUCAAUUGUAUCUUACUGUGCCAGAGUCGCAUUGGUUUAAAUGGGGACAGUUUGGACAGCAAGGUGCUAUUAGUGGGAGUGGGGGUGACAGAAUCUAGCCCCAUGAAAUAACUUAUACUAGUGGACUAUGAGUUGAUCCCUGAGUAUAGUUAAUAUUAAUAUUUAUACAGUAUAUAUUUUACAUUUGUUAGCUCGAAAAUGUGUCUCCACUGAACUGUAAGAGUAGAUGAGAUACAGAUUUUGAUUGCCAAAACUAGUAAUUCAUGUCACUAAACGAUUUUUUUCCUUUUCUUCCCAUUUCUUUCACGGGGUAUCCCGUUGUUCUGCUUCUGUUCUGUUUCAAUAAAGUCACAUGA